AAAAUAAUACUGACAGCAGCUGUCAACUGCACCAAAAGACGGUCAGUCAGUACCUUUUGUAUUUGGUUUGAUUUCAUUUUAAUUAACAUUUUAAAUUUGAUAAUACCUCCAAGUGCCAUCGGUUAAAAUUUUUCCCCUCGAUUCUAUAUAAAUCUACAUAUUUAGAAGGUGAUACAAUAGUAAAUCCAAAAAAAUUGAAAGAAGUUUGAUUACGAAACCGAGAGGUACGAUUAUUUUAGUUGGUGCUGAUUGUUACUUCAAUAUAGAACACCAGUCAAUAUGUUUUCAAAUUGCAAACUGUUCCUUAGAUAUGGUUACCAUAGAUGCCUCAUUGGCAAUAACUUAUAUAGUACACGGAAAGCGGUAGCUCCUGUAUCCAGCGAAGGAAUAACCAUAAGUGACAAUUGCGUUCAAAAAUUAAAGCAGCUAUGUGCUGAUGACAACAAUUUCUUACGAGUAUGUGUGGAGAGUGGCGGGUGCUCGGGAUUUCAAUACAAAUUUGAUUUGGACACCAAAGUGGCAGAUGAUGACAAAAUUUUCGAAAAAGAUGGGGUCAAAGUGGUUAUUGAUGAGACUUCCUUGGAUUACAUUAAAGGUUCAACGGUUGACUAUCAGACUGAAUUAAUUAGAUCAGCUUUUAGGAUAACACAAAACCCAAAUGCAGAAUUAGGAUGUUCAUGUGGAGCAAGCUUUUCAAUAAAAAUUGAAUAGAUUAAUAAGAAAUGCAAUCCAAAAAUUUGAAGUAAAUGAGAUGAAAGGAUUAACAUGCAAAAUAGAACUGUGAAUAAAUGUACUAACACAAAGACAGGUUUGCAACCUUGGAAGGCUUUUAUUCUAUUUCGAAGGUAGUGGAUCUGCCUGAUUAUGAUAAAAGUCCUAAACUAAUCAAUAUAUUUUCAUGCAGUUUUCGUCUACUUAUAGGACAAGGAAGGAAAGUUAUAACUUAAUCAUAUAACUUGUACCUGCACGAAGUCAGGUCGUUAGUAGAGAAUAUAAUAAAAGUAUAUACUUUAGCAAUUAAAAGACUGUUGGUCUUUCCUAGAAUGCUUAUAAGUUCAGUACUGUGUGCUGCUAUUUUAAUCAGCCAGUAGCGUCUUUGUAAAUUUUAUUUUAAACUCAGCUAGUUAUUCUGUGAUAUAACUAAUGAAAUAUAUUUAGUUGUGGUCAGUUAAAUGUUUGAAAAUAUGAUUUAUUGAUCCAAGUGAGAAGUUUUUGUGCUAUUAGUUAUAUAAUAAUUACCAAAAAUAUAUUUAUUUUAAUUUA